AGGCUUGAACUUUUCCCUUUUCUCUGCACUUUUAUAUCAGCAUAUGUCACACUUCCUUUCCUAUACAACCCACCCAUUAUCUAUCCAUCUCUUCUCUUACUUUCUAAGCUAAUUUUUUACCUGAUUUUUCUCUUUUUUUUUUCCCCAUUUUUAUUUUUUUGCAUUAGAUAGAGGAAAGUUGGAGUGACUGAUUCCAGAAGAAGCUUUCUCUGUUCUUGGGUUUCUUUCUUCUUCCUUUUAUAAAUCCUUUUUCUUUUCCAGUGUUUUUAUACUAGUAUUCAAAUCUCUUUUGCAGAUCUUGUUCCUUUAUAUGGUUGUGAAGCCCCCAGUGGAAUUUUCCUUCAUCAAGAAGCUGACUUUUUGGCUGGCAUCUGAUUUGGUUUGGAGUUAGUUUGUUCUAGGGAGGAAGAGACUUAAGAGACUAAGUUGGAACAUGGGUUACAUUUGUGAUUUUUGUGGGGAUCAGAGGUCCAUGGUUUAUUGCAGGUCUGAUGCUGCAUGUUUAUGUUUAUCCUGUGAUAGAAAUGUGCACUCUGCUAAUGCUUUGUCCAAAAGGCAUUCAAGAAACCUCUUAUGUGAAAGAUGCAAUUCACAACCAGCAUUGAUUAGAUGUUCCGAAGAGAGUAUCUCUCUUUGUCAGAAUUGUGAUUGGAUGGUUCAUGGCAACUCUUCUUCAACUACCACCCAUAAAAGGCAAACAAUCAAUUGCUACUCUGGCUGUCCGUCAGCUUCUGAGCUUUCUUCAUUAUGGUCUUUUGUUUUGGACUUCCCCUCUACUGCUGAAUCUACUUGCGAGCAGGAGUUGGGACUGAUGAGCAUCGCUGAGAAUAGCUCCACUAGCAAAUGGGGUCCUAAUGAGAAUGCAAUUAACCAAAAUGUAUCAGGUGCUGUUCCUGCUGAUAAGGCACGUGAUAUGGCUAAAUCAAGUGUUUAUGAUGGAACUUCUUCAAUGCCUGAAUUGAUCUCUAUGUCAAACAAUCCAGAGCAGCCAGUAGGAUCUGCAAAUGCGCCUUUGCCAAAGUUAUGCUGUCCUGGAACUAAAGGUCCUGCACUUUGUGGAGAUGAUGAUCUUUAUGAGGACUUCAAUAUGGAUGAAGUGGAUUUGAAUCUUGAAAACUAUGAAGAACUCUUUGGUUUUACCCUCAAUAAUUCAGAAGAGCUUUUUGAGAAUGGUGGGAUUGACAGCUUAUUUGGGACAAAGGACAUGUCUACGGUUGAUUCCAAUUGUCAGGGUGCAGUGGAGGCUGAGGGAUUGUCAGUUGGAUUGGUUAACGCAAUGCAGCCAGCAUACAGCUAUGCAGCAUCUGCUGAUUCCAUGAGGAGUGCUAAAACUGAACCAGUCCUAUGUUUUACAACAAGGCAAGGCCAUUCAAGCCUCUCAUUUUCUGGCCUUACUGGAGAGAGUAGUGUUGGAGAUUAUCAAGAUUGUGGGGCAUCCUCAAUGCUUCUCAUGGGAGAACCUCCAUGGUGUCCUCCAUGCCCUGAGAGUUCCUGCCCAUCAGCUAACCGAAGUAAUGCUGUAAUGCGUUACAAGGAAAAAAAGAAGACACGCAAGUUUGAGAAGAGGGUGAGGUAUGCCUCGCGCAAAGCAAGGGCUGAUGUAAGAAGACGUGUGAAGGGGCGAUUCGUCAAGGCUGGUGACACUUAUGAUUAUGACCCACUGAGCGAAACCAGAAGCUACUGAGACUCUUGAGAGUACAAUUUUUAUACUUGCUUUUAGGAAGAAAAACGGAAAAAGAAAAAAAAUGAAAAAGGAAAGAAACUGAGGUUUAUUUUGAGAUAAUCAAUUACUACUACCUAAACACUGGCAGACGAUGAUGAAUGUUUUUCCUUGUGCAAUGACAAGCUGUAUGAUUGUAUCACGGGGGUCCAAGUCUUCAUUAAUGAGAAGAAAUGUUGCAUAUAAAAGAGUUGGUUUCUGGUGCUUCACUAAUAAAGUUCGGAUGCACAAGUUUCCAUCAACACAAUGGACACCUGUUUUUGACAUCAUCCAUCCAACAAGGGCGAUAGAUUGCCUUGCUGUUAAACUAUGAAUUUGAUUUCCUUUCUACCUUUCUGAACAACUUGUUCCGGUCAGUAAUUCUCUAGGGAAAGGAAAAUAUUUAAUUGUGCAGUCAUAGAAAUGCUCAGUGCUCAUAAUGUUGACUAUUUAUCUCCUAGCUUCUUGCUCUGGUCACUUAUAUAAAAGCAGCUCCCACAGCAUGGUGGGUGACUGAACUCAGUUUGCAUGAUCAACCAAAGAUCUUGCAGUUGUAAUUUUUUUUUUUCCUUUCUUUUUGUUUUCCACUGGACAUGUAUAGUACAGAAUCUAUAAUUGUAGUUGAGGGUAUAUCCAGUUCCAAACGCUUGGUAAGGUUAGACAGAAGAGUUGUAAUUUUUGUUCUCGUUCUUUUUUGUGAACACAAAUAGAACAGGAUGAUGAUGUAUGCUGGUAAUAAGGUUGUUUCUAGUGAUAAAAAUACAAGUUUGUAUUUAUUUAUUUA